AUGUCCCCCUCCCAUGAUCCUUCAGUGCCUGUAGACUCGUUGGAGGUGGCACAUGUGUAUGAAUGCCCACCUCAGACCAGUAGUUUGGGCUCAGCUGACCGAAAAGAGAACCACCACAAAAAGUCAGAGUCCGGGAUUUCCAAGUUUACUCACCGCUUGUCCCUGAAGGAGCGGCCAUACAAAGCAGAGAAGAAUCGAGACAGACCUGCAUCCUACAGACGGCGAUCGCUCAGUGUGGACUGGUAA